GUCAUAGGUGAAAUUACAAAACUCAAUGAGAAUCCUAGAAUUCAUGGCCUUCUCCUCCGCCUUGGUAGAGAAUCAUACACAAGCAAAAUAUUGAAUGCUGUGAAACCAGAGAAAGAUGUGAAUGGAAUAACAGAUUUUAAUUUGGCAAGAUUAGUGCAUGGAGACAUACAUGAAUGCGUGGUUCCUCCUACUGCCAGAGCAGUGAUCAAACUUCUGGAAAACCAAGCACGUACUACCCUAGAUGGGAAAAAAAUAUUACUUUUGGGCGUCCAAGGACCUUUGAAAGUUUCCUUGCAGUGUCUUCUUCAAAGAAAAGGGGUCAUGACUAUGAGCUUGUCAUGGAACAUGAAGCAACUCCAGACAAUG